CAUUUCGAUACUGCUAUUUCGAAGAAAGAGAGAUAAGCGUAUGUUUUGCCAUUAAUAUAAGUCGACUUCAAGUAUCAUCAGUAACAGAUAUACUAAAUUUAGGGAAGUGUGGUCGCCAUGGUUUUCUCGGCAAUACAUGAUUAUUUUGAAAGAACGGGAGAUCCGAGAGCAAAGCACUACUUUCUUAUGGAUUCAAUAUGGAAACCAGUCGCAAUCACAGCCGCCUAUUUACUAAUUGUACAAGUAUUUGGACCACGGCUCAUGAAGGAUAGAAAACCCUUCGAUGUCAAGAAAUAUGUUAUGGCAUACAAUAUCGUACAAGUAGCAGUAAAUUUGUAUUUAACAGUCAUUGUUUUGGAUGCAUUUUCGAAGCGGAAUAUUACCUCAUGUAUAGAUAUAGAUUACACAAAUAGUGAAACAGGAUACAGAGAGCUCAAGUGUUCUUACAUAUAUUUUCUAAUCAAAAUUUUAGACGGAAUGGACACCAUCUUUUUCAUAUUGAAAAAAAGCUUCAGGCAGAUGAGUUUCCUUCACAUAUAUCAUCAUGCUAUUAUGAUGAUGAUUACAUGGUUAGUUACAAAAUACUGUGGAGGUGGACAAAGUGGAUGGGCAUGUAUUUUCAAUUCCAUUAUUCAUACUCUCAUGUACUCUUACUAUUUCCUCACAGCAUACGACAGUAAAUACAAGGAUAGUCCAAUGAAAAAAUUCAUAACCCAACUACAACUGGUGCAGUUUUUCCUCCUCCUAUACUUUUACAGUUACUCACUUUUUAGUUCCUGUAAUUAUAGCAAACUCAUGAGCCUACUGGUGAUAUCACAAGCAUUGAUUUUCAUCAAUCUUUUCAGCAAAUUUUACUACAAUUCUUAUAUUAGGACAAAAAAAGAUAAUAAGUAAGAGAAAAGAGAGUAUGAUGUUACUUCAAUUCAUACACGAGAAGAAAGUG